AUGGGCAAUCAAGAAUGCUCUGUGAAACAGGCGCCGUGCUUCGAGGGGCAGUGUCCGACGAAGGCACCACCCCUGGCUGCGGAGUCCUUAAUGGAAGAGCCAGAAGAGAAAACAAAACCCUCUGAGGUGCCAUUGACCACCCUGCGGGUCGAGGAGGCGGCGUCGCGGCCCUCGCGGAGCUCGCGGCCGGAGCAACGGGGUGCCGGCGUCGACCCCGAGGCGCUGAAGCAACGGCUCAGCGGAGGAUCUGCCGGCGAGGCGGUGGACUGGAGCAUGCUGCCUGACACGUACUUCGAGUGCGAGGCGGGAGAGUCUCCAGCCCUAGAGGACGAGACGGAACCCCAACACUUCAGGUACGAGUUCGAAUCGGGCGCCGUCUACGAUGGCCAAUGGCUCCAGGGUGCCCGACAUGGCAUUGGGAAACAGGUGUGGCCGGACGGGACGGAGUACGUGGGCCAAUGGCGCAUUGGCCGUGCCCACGGCCUGGGUCGCAUCAAACACAGCGACGGCGACAGCUACUGCGGGGAGUGGCUGCACGGCCGGGCGCACGGCUGCGGCGUGUACCGCUUCCAGGACGGCGCGGCGUGCUACGAGGGCCAGUUCCGCUGCGACCAGCGCGAGGGGCUGGGAGUGGAGAGCUGGGUGGAUGGCUCAUGCUUCGCGGGCGGCUUCCGGCAGGGCCAGAAGAGCGGCUUCGGAUCCAACACGUGGCCCGACGGCACCGUGUACCACGGCACCUGGCGCGCCAACUGUCCGUCGGGCCCCGGGGAGUACGCUCUCAAUGGAGGUACGAACUUCAAGGGGCAAUGGGAGAAGUCUGCACCUCAUGGUAUUGGCAGAUACGAAUGGCCAGAUGGCAAAACGUACUGCGGAAAAUACAACUUCGACAAGAAGGAGGGCUUUGGCAUCCUCACGGAGGCGGACGGCACGGAGCGGCAUGGCUUUUGGCUCAACGGGGAGCUGCAGUAG